UCUCACUCUCUCUCUUAUGUACAUACUCACUCACAACAUGUCUCACCAUAUCUCUAUAAGAAGGCUUUUGCAUGGUGUUGGGUUUCAAUAUCCGGUCUUAAACAACCCAACUCUUUUGAGGGUUGUGGAGUUUUGAACAUGGGGAAUUAUACCCUGGCUUUGCUCUUAGUCCUCAUUGUGAAUUUGGGUAGUUUGCUCACUUCUCUUGCUAACUCCUACUGUCCACCACCAACAUACCCUCCACACUUGCCACCCAAACAGCCUCCUCAUGUAAAGCCACCCUUCAUCCCUAAACCACCUAAACACCCACCUCAUCCCCCUCAUGUAAAGCCUCCCUCUGUUCCCAAACCACCAUCAAAACCACCUCUUCCUCCUCGUGUAAAGCCUCCCUAUGUUCCCAAACCACCAUCAAAACCACCCCAUCCCCCUCAUGUAAAGCCUCCCUAUGUUCCCAAGCCACCAUCAAAACCACCCCAUCCCCCUCAUGUAAAGCCUCCCUAUGUUCCCAAGCCACCAUCAAAGCCACCUCAUCCUCAUCCACCCCAUGUACCCAAACCACCACACGGCCCCAAACCCCCCAUUGUAUAUCCUCCCCAUAUACCAAAACCUCCUUCUGUCCCCAAACCACCUAUUGUGAGACCUCCCUUCAUCCCCAAGCCUCCUAUUGUCAAACCACCACCCCACCCCAAACCCCCAAUUGUGCACCCACCCUUUAUCCCCAAGCCCCCAAUUGUGCACCCACCCUUCAUCCCCAAGCCCCCAAUCGUGCACCCACCCUUCAUCCCUAAACCCCCAAUUGUGCACCCACCCUUCAUCCCCAAACCCCCAGUUGUACAACCACCACCACCAUAUGUACCCAAGCCGCCAGUUGUACAACCCCCACCAUUUGUACCCAAGCCCCCAGUUGUAAAACCCCCACCAUUUGUACCCAAGCCCCCAGUUGUACAACCCCCACCACCCUAUGUACCCAAGCCCCCAGUUGUACCAGUUAAGCCACCACCAUCACCACCUGUUGUACCACCAAGCCCACCAACACCAACACCUACCCCAGUUGUACCAGUUAAGCCACCACCAUCACCACCUGUUGUACCACCAAGCCCACCAACACCAACACCUACCCCAGUUGUGCCAGUUAAGCCUCCUCCACCCACUGAGACACCAUGUCCUCCUCCACCACCACCAACACCAGUGCCAACCCCAUCACCACCACCAAAGAACACGUGUCCCAUCGACACUCUCAAGUUGGGAGCUUGUGUGGAUGUGUUGGGUGGCCUCAUUCACAUUGGAAUUGGCAGCAGUGCCAAGGAUGCAUGCUGUCCAGUGCUUCAAGGGCUGGUGGACUUGGAUGCUGCAAUUUGCCUUUGCACCACCAUCAAGGCUAAGCUUCUCAACAUCAACAUCAUCAUCCCCAUCGCUCUUCAGGUUCUGAUUGACUGUGGGAAAACUCCACCCUCUGGAUUCCAGUGCCCUGCAUAGUUGAAGUUGAUCAUCACCUCAGCACAGUUCUAAAUAUCCCAAUUAGUGGUCACUGUGGUUUAAUUAAUUAGCAUAAUAUGUGUCAGCUAAUAAUUAAUAGCAUGUGAGAGCUUGGAAGUGAAAACUACUUCUUGAGGGAUCAAUUUCUGUAAUUUGUUGUUUUGUUUUUUGUUUAUCUGAUAGUGUAUCAGAUCGAUAUACUGUGGUAAUCUUAAUUAUUAAGUCAUGUCGGUGCUGAGUUUUUUGGCUUAAAGAAGAACUUAAUAAUUUGCAUCGA